UCAUCGUGAGGACUUUUCAUCCUCUCGCGUCCAGACGCUCGUGCAGCCGCGGUGGUCAGUGGAUACCGGAGACGCUUCGCUGAAAAAUGCUCCCGUUAUCCAUCAAAGAUGACGAGUACAAACCUGCCAAGUUCAACUUGUUGGCCAAAAUCUCGAGCUGGUUCAGAUCAAUUCUUGCGGAUAAGACAUCUCGCAAUCUGUUUUUCUUCCUGUGUUUGAAUCUGUCCUUCGGUUUCGUGGAGCUCAUGUAUGGCAUAUGGAGUAACAGUUUAGGUUUGAUAUCCGAUUCCUUUCACAUGUUCUUCGACUGUACGGCUCUCCUGGCAGGCCUCGCAGCAUCUGUGAUCUCACGGUGGAGGUCCAAUGACUCCUUCUCAUACGGGUAUGUCAGAGCAGAAGUUCUCGCGGGCUUCGUGAAUGGCCUUUUCCUGAUAUUUACCGCCUUCUUUAUCUUCUCAGAGGGAGUAGAGAGAGCGCUAGAACCCCCUGAUGUGCACCAUGAACGUUUACUGCCGGUGUCUAUAGCAGGACUCUUGGUGAAUCUUGUAGGAGUAUUUGUUUUUCAACACGGAGGGCACGGACACUCUCAUGGUGAUGAAGGUCAUGGCCACAGUCAUUCCCUAUUUAAUGGCAGUGCAGGGCACGGACACAGUCACGGACACAGUCACGGAGGCCACGGCCACAGUCACGAGUCUAAACAUGAUCACGGACAUGAUCACGGUCACUCGCACGGAGGACACGGACAUACACAUGAAGAUUCACAUGAAGAUUCACACUGUCAUGAUGACCACUCGCUCACAACGGGAAAAGGCUCCAACAAGCAGAUAUUACAAGGUGUUUUUCUGCACAUCGUCGCGGACACGUUGGGCAGCGUUGGCGUCAUAAUAUCAGCCAUCCUGAUGCAGAAAUACGACUUGAUGAUCGCCGAUCCGAUCUGCUCCAUGCUCAUCGCUCUACUCAUCGGCGUGAGUGUGGUUCCACUGCUCAGGGAAUCCAUGGGGAUCCUGAUGCAACGGACACCUCCUUCUCUGGACCACGCCCUUCCUGAAUGCUACCAAAGGGUCCAGCAGCUUCAGGGUGUUUACAAUCUUCAAGAGCCUCAUUUCUGGACGCUCUGCACAGACGUCUACAUUGGCACACUUAAACUCCUUGUGGCGCCUGAUGCAGAUUCUAGAUGGAUUCUGAGCCAGACACAUAAUAUUUUCACGCAGGUUGGCGUCAGACAGCUGUAUGUUCAGAUUGAAGUAGCUGCCAUGUAGGAGUCCACCAUACUUCUCCUGAUCUCUGGGAGUCCUGGGACCAAAGGCCUUCUGUGCUGCUGUGGGGAAGUUCUCCACCCCAACCCAUUUCUUUUUGGGUUUCUAUUGCUCCACCUCCUUGAUGGAGCUGGUGCAGUCCAGCAGUCUGACUCUUCACUCUUACCAGGAAAACCAACGAAAAUAACAAAUGACCAGCUAUGACAGUGCGAUUUUGUUUUGGAGGGAGGCAAGAACUUGCAACAUCACUGUUGCCAACACAUUACCCUCGGUCAUUUGAAGUGCAUUCUUUGAAGUAAUCCCACCGGACUGUUUCUUUCCUCUUAAUUAGAUUUUUCAUUAUCCGAAUGAGGUUUUAAUUAUUGGCGGUAUGAGUGUGUGUGGAGUUCAGUGGACGUCCAAAUUGCAUUAAAGUGUUUUUGUACAUUUGCAUCAGUUUUUGUUUUUGCACAAUUGUAAAGAGAUGCAGAAUUUCAUCACGAUGCCAUUAGAAACAUAAACAGAUUUGUCUGCAUUUCUCAAGUGCCUUUUUGUAAGUGAUCAUGAACAAUUGUGAAUACACGAAUGGACCUUUUUUUGACUUUGCGCCCUGUAUACGAUUAAAACAUUCCCUUUGCAUUAGGUUUGCUGUUUAACGCAUGGUGUAAAAUUGUGGUUUCCCGGACAGGGCUUAUCCUAGUCCCAGACUAAAAUGCAUGUUUGAUCUGCUUUAAUUUAAAAACAACUUUUCCUGUUUAAUUGUAACAUAUUUCAUUGACUUUUUUUUUGUCUUAAGAUGCACACCUGUAGUGUUUUUUGUAAGGUAUUUUUGUAAAAAUUACCUAAUAUUAAUAAGGCCUAGUCCUGGAUUAACGUAAACCCUGUCCGGGAAACCGCCCCAAAAAGUCCCAAAUAUUUUAUUGUAUGGAUGGUACAAGCAAGCAGCUUUCUUAGUUAGGAUGACUGCUUCGGAUAAAUGUUGUAAAACAAUCAAUGAUAUUAUUUUUAUUUUAUUUCCAAUUAAGCAUAAUAAUAAUAAUUGGCAAUUAUUAUAGCAAAGUGGAUACAUUUAUCAAAAUACUGUUUGUUCCGACUGUAAUAACCUUGCUAUUCAUUUUUUUUUCCCAUUUUUGGGAAUGAUUUUAUCAAUUGAAAUACACUUUAAAACAUAGUAUUAUGAAUCGUAUCUCAGAUUUAUAAGAAAAAUAAGCAAAGUAAUUCUCUUCAGUAUUACUGUGCGUUCACACCAGCGGCGUUUAAGGCGUCUAAUUCGCAUCUACCGCGCCGCUUGAACAUUUUGAGUUUACUCUCUUCAUUCGCGCAUGAAGUUCUAGUCAUCAAGACAUUUACGCAGAAAUUCACAUCAUGGGAGGGGCUUCUGUGAGACUUUCUGCAAUCAUGUCACUACUAGAGCAAGCUCCUGAUUGGUUAACGCAGCCCGUUUUUCCACCAAAGUUCAAAUUUUUCAAGUCGCGUGUUUCCUGCGGCAACGCUCAAUUCACGCAAACUUCCACAGUGGCGCGAUUCCGCCUCAUUCGAGUGUCUAGUUUGCAAGUUGAGACCUCCAGACGCACGUCAACGCAUCUUCACAUUGACUUAACAUUGAAAUCACUUGCGAUUGACGCCUCUACCGCGGCUGGUCUGAACGCAGCAUGAAUGAAGGUAUAUGACAUCUUUUUAUCUUAAAUUAAUUCAAUACUUUUGAAGUCUUUGCAUUCAAGAAUUAAAGGUGCAGUGUGUAAAUUUUAGCGUCAUCUAGUGGUGAGGUUGGGAAUUGCAACCAAUGGCUCAGUCCACUGCCCAACCCUCGCUUUUAAAAUGCAUAGAGAAGCUACGAUAGCCACCACCAGACAAGCAUUUCAUCGUCGGAGACAACUUAUUAAAAAAGUUUGCCCGUUAAGGGCUUCUGUAGAAACAUUGUGGCACAAAAUGGCCUUUAAGGGUUUUAGAAGUAAUGCAAUUUCUGUCCCAUCCAAUAAAUGUCUUGCCAACUUUCAGGAGUAUACAAGGAAAUAUCCAUUAUCAUAUUGGUUUUACCAACAGUUUGUUUGUAAAAUGUGGAAAAAUUAGUGAAACUUAUUUGGUUUCUCAACAUUAAAAAGCCAGAGUAAAAACUGUGAAGCCAAAAACAACCUCUAAAUACAACGUGAUCUGAAAAGUUUUUUGUAUAAAUAAAGCAGAAUGACACCGA